GGGCUCUCUCAGAGAACCUGGCCACUCCCUGUCCAAUGGCGGAAGAACCCUAUUCUGUGAUCAUUCCCCAUUCAGUCCUGUUUCAUGAAGUAUGACUAUGAAUCAGCGGGUCUGGCCGCAGCUGUGGAGGGACAUGGACAGUGGACAUUUUGUGUUAACCAGCUUUUCCCUUCACAUCUGCCGCCUGGCCCGCCGAUUUCCUCUAGAAGUUUUGUUUUACCCAGUGACUGGUGAAGGUUUGUGCUGAGCAGCUUCCCUCGGGCUUUGAGGUUUCCCUCGAGGUUCCUGAAAUCUCCGCUCGUUGGAUUUGAUGCAACUCUGCUGGAAGCGGUUUGGCUCCGCUUCCUCGCGCGAUCAGUCGACUCUCCGCUGCGUCCACAGUCCAUUUCUGAAGAAGGAUUUUCAGCUAUUGGCUGCACCUGUAAUAACCCUGUUUACCUCAAUCCGCGUCUGUGAGUCUAACUCCACCCUCAGCACUUCACUGACUAACGAUCAGGGUUCAGUCGAUGCGAGGAGUCGUCGCAAUGGAGAGUUGGACCGGACCGGUGUCGCUCCUUGUCACCGCGUUCUCUCUCUGCUCUGUCGCGGGAAGCCAGACAGGCUCACACAGCUUGAUGUAUUUCUACCUCCAAUCCAUCAACAUUACUGAACUGCCAGCCUUCUUCAGGAUUGGGAUGUUGGAUGACUUGCAGAUUGACUACUAUGACAGCACCCUCCGUGAAGUAGAAAUCAAGCGCCAGUGGAUUGCAGAUGGCUUAUUGACUGACUACCAGAAAGAACAGAAAGAAAUAACCGACAGCCUUCAUGAGUUCCUCUCGUCACAUCUGCAGCAAUUCACCUCACUCUUUAGCUUCAGCUACAUACAGGGACUCUGGGGCUGCACACAAUCUGGAAGUAUGUUCAAUGCGAUUCUAAGAUUCAACAUCCCGGAUCUCGGAGAGGUCAGCUGUGAUAUCAACGAAGAGAAAUGCACUGGCACUGGUGUCCUAGCAGCGUUCAAUAAUCAAUUGAAUCAACUCAAUUUCACUGUCGUGACUGCGUUCAAGAUUAACUGCAUUCAGUCCUUGCAAAGAGCAGUUCAGCUUGGAAAAGAAACAUUUGAAAGGCAAGUUGCUCCAGAGGCUCAGGUGUCGACAAGGAGGCCAACAGCUACUGCAGGCGAGAGUCUCUCAUGCAUCAUCACUCCAUUCUACCCCCGUGCUAUCAAGGCCUCGUGGUUGAAGAAUGGGCAGGUUGUUUCUGAGGGCUACAAGGUGACCGUGCUACCGAACUUCAAUGAUACAUACUGGAUGGAACUAGUCAUUGAGCUGCAGGGCAACAACCCAAACAUCUAUGCCUGUCGCGUCGAGCACAGCAGCCUGACACAGGCACUGGUGGUGAAGGGAGGAGUUGGUGAGCCCCAUUGUGCAGGUCCCAUGUUGGGGAUGAUGACUGUGUUUGCGAUAAUCUUUGGAGUGAUGUAGAGGUGCAGUAAGGAGAGAACCAAGGCAUCACUGGAGGUGAGCAUUUGGCUCUAACUCAACCACAGUUCUGACCACAGGGUGGAGCCUCAAACAGGUUUUGUGAUGAGUGACUGCACACCUCAGCAAGCUUAAUCACAAUCAGAUUUAAUAUCACUGGCAUAGGUGUUGAGAUUUGUUAAAUUUACAACAGCAGUACAAUGAAAUUAAAAUGAAAUUAACAAUAAAUAAACAUCAAGGAAAA